AUGACUUCCCCUAAGCCAAGAACUAUUGCUGUGUUAGGUUCACGAGCUGUGGACUCCUAUUAUCCUACUAUUGAGAAUACAUUUAAUAAAGUCAUAAGGUAUAGGGGACAGGAAAUAGCGGCAGAAAUUAUUGAUACUGCAGGACAGGAUGAACACUCGAUUUUGAAUUCUACGCAUGGAGUAGGAAUUCAUGGUUAUAUUUUGGUGUAUUCUGUUACAUCUCGACAAAGUUUUGAAAUGGUCAAAAUUAUUCGAGAGAAGAUCCUAAAUUUCACGGGGACUGAAGUACCAAUAGUUUUGGUUGGAAACAAAACUGAUUUACAUAUGCAAAGACAAUUAACUUCUGAAGAAGGAAAAGAAUUGGCUCGACAAUGGAAUUGUGCGUGGACUGAGGCAUCCGCUAAGCAUAAUGAAAAUAUAACUCGAAUUUUUGAACUCAUGAUAAGUGAAAUUGAAAAACAACUUAAUCCAAACGGAGAAGAGAACAAUGGAUGUUCUAUUUCUUAA